AUGAUGGCAUCGUCGCCCUCGAGCUUCAUCACGGUGGGACCUUCUACAGCGAAGAGGGCGGUGGUGCCCGAGUUCGGGCAGGUGCCGACCGAGAUCUGGGAGCGCAUCUUCCUCUUCAUGGGCGUCGCUGGCGUGGCCAAGAUGCGCACCCUCUCCACCACGUGCGCCCGCAUCGGCUCCUCAGUCCUCGAGCGAGGCGGCACCAUCACCACAUCCUUCGACGCAAUCAUCACCGUCCACCCAGUUGAGCCCAUUGUUAACAUGAAGAAGGUGGAGCGACCAGAGGAAAAGAAGAGGGAGAAGACGAUGAUGAAGGAGAAAGUGGUGGAGGAGAAGAAAGUAGCGGAUGAAGAUGAAGAUGAAGACGAGGCACGACUGACGGCUCUGGUCAAGAGGGAGAAGCAGAAGCGCAGGCGAGGCGAGGGCCUCUGGGAGCCGCACAUGCGCGACAGCAUCCUGGCGCGCGCCCGGACGGCCACCAUCGACCAGUGGGCCGCGCUGAGCCGCAACAAGCGCCUGUGGCGCAGCGUGCGUGGGUGCCCGGCCACCAAGCGGCGCCUGCUCCAGGCCCUGCAGGACUUCUUCCACGUCGACGAGGCCUCCGGCAUGUGGCACUCUCUCUUCCGUUCUUCUGACAAAGAAAAGAAGGUGCGGCUGCCGUCGAUCAAGAGCCUGCAGACGGUGCUCGACGUGUGCAAGUCGCCGGCGCUGCUCGACGUCAUCCUCGAGAUGCCGAUGAGCUUCAUCGCCAAGUGCCUCCACCUGCUCAAGGGCGCCAAGGCCUCGCGCGGCGACUUUGCCGUCAUCGGCCAGCUGGCGCUGAGCCGAUCGCUGCCGGGCGGGAUCGUGGCCGAGUGCGGCGAGCUGCUGGCCAACGGCGGGCUGAGCCGCGGGGCCGGCGUGAAGGACAUCGGCGUGGUGCUGGCGCUCAAGCAUCGGUGGUGCGAGGACUGGCUCAUCGACACCCUCAAGCGACUCGUUCCCAAGGCCGACGUGGACAUGGUGAGCCAGAUCGCGUACCACGAGGGCAUGGUGCCCACGCAGUCGGCCGAGCUGCACGCGGCGAUCAAGAAGCGGCUGGUGGGCAUCCUGGCGACGGCCAACUUCCAGGACGUGCAGUACCUCAAGGACUGCCAGUUCGAGUUCGAAGGGUGGAAGAGUCAGGAGGCGAUCGGGGAGCGGCUGGAGCAGCUAGUCAAGCAGCACGCGUACUCGCUGGGCCACUUCAACUGCAGCUGGCUCUGGCGCCAGAACGGCACCGGCGGCCAACAAGGGCAGCGGGGCCGCGAUACCACAAACAUUCACCCGCACGCCAUCAGAAGGAGGCCGACGCCGGUCGAGAAGCAGUUCGACCGCUUCCUCGUGGCCAAGAGGUCGGCCGAGGCCGCAGCUCAGGGCUCGGCUUCGGCAUCGAACUCCACCGUGGAGCAGACCCACUGUGCGGCCGGUAUGACGGGCAGGAAGGAGAGUUUCCUUUCGCCCAGCUUUCUCUACUGGGCGCCGCCCAACAGACGCACCGCCCAUCGGUGGGCCGCAAAGUCUGUCAACCCGCAGAAGCACUUCGCCAAGGCCAUCGAGCGGCUCACGCCCGACGACGCCUUCGACUCCCUCCACCCUGCCAAGGGAAUGGGAAGCUGCAGCGUCGAGAGGAUGGUGGCCCUGCUCUACCGAGGCCUGGUGAGCAAGCCGAUCGUCGACAAGCUGUGCGAGUUCAUGCGCACCUGCGCCACUGUCGACCUCGAGAACCUCUGCUGCGACAGCAGCCUCGUGCGGCUGACGCCCGUCUUCCACGAGCUGGUCGACCGACUGGUGGCUGCGCUGACCACGUUCGAGACCCUGGAGCUGGUGGUGCGGCUGCGGCAGUCGUGGGUCGAGUGCGUGCUCGACGCCGCGCCGGGCGGCCUCUUGGCGCGGCGCGUGCUGGAGCGGCUCGACUUAUCGUACCACAUCGCCAACGCCGACGCCACGUGCAUGGUGGCGCUGCUGGCCAGCCCGCGGCUCUACGGGUUCGUGCGGUGCAAGCGGCGGCACAUGGGCGAGGCGGCGGUGGCGCUCAAGCGGCUCAUCUCGACCAUGGUCAACGUCGAGGAGCUGGUGUGCCUGCUUGUGCGGCCCGAGGUGGCGCGCGCCGUGCGCGAGCUGGACAGCGACCAGUGCCGGCUGGUGCAGGCCGUCGACGAGAAGCUCACCAUCCACUUGGUCCCGCUGGCCAGCACCACCUGCCUGCGCCUUCUCCACAACCUCGUCCUCAGCAGUAGUAGUAGCCCUGGGCCUGACUCUGACGACGCCGCGCUACCACCGAUCGUGAAGAUGAGCGACGAUCUGCGGGCGGCAAUGCUGCAUCGGCUGUUCAUGCUCAUCGCCGAGUGUCGAUCGCUGGACGACCUCAACGACAUCGUCGGCGAGUACGACCCCGACAGCCCGCGCCUUGCCGGUGACGAUGCGCCGCUGCGGCAUCUGGCGUUCUUCAACGAGCGCGAGCGGGACGCGCUGUGGGGCGAGAUGAUGGCGGAGAGCCGCGCGCUGCAGGAGUCGAUCAUGGCAGCGCUGGAGAACGUGGCCAGCGCGGGCAUGCCGCGGCGCGACCUGCGGCGGCUGCCCAACUGUCCGUGGAUGUGGCACCAGGUCAACGAGCGCGAGCCGCUCAAGUUCUUCCUGCUCCAGCAGAGCCUUCUCGCCAUCGACGACGACGCCGCCCCGGCCUCGCCCACCGCUCCCACUCCUCCUUUGACCCUGUUCGCCGACUCGUGA